AUGCCUAGAUCCCGGAUAACUGGAAAUUUGAUUGAUAAGACCUUUUCAAUUGUAGCCAAUAUCUUAUUACGAAUAAUUCCGACAACUUCAGGAGAAAAAGAGGCAUUUACUUAUUACAGAGAUGGUGUGAUGUCUGCUCAAUCCGAAGGAAAUUAUGCGGAAGCUUUACAGAAUUAUUAUGAAGCUAUGCGACUAGAAAUCGAUCCCUAUGAUAGAAGUUAUAUACUCUAUAAUAUAGGCCUUAUUCACACAAGUAAUGGAGAACACACAAAAGCUUUGGAAUAUUAUUUUCGGGCAUUAGAACGAAACCCUUUCUUACCACAAGCUUUUAAUAAUAUGGCCGUAAUCUGUCAUUACCGAGGAGAACAGGCCAUUCGGCAGGGAGAUUCUGAAAUUGCGGAGGCUUGGUUCGACCAAGCCGCGGAGUAUUGGAAACAAGCUAUAGCGCUUACUCCUGGAAAUUAUAUUGAAGCGCAGAAUUGGUUGAAGAUCACAAGGCGUUUCGAAUAA